UGAAUAACACACUUGUUUGCCUGGACGGCUGUCCUUGCUGUGUGCCAUGAAUUUCUUCAAAAGCUUUUACCAACUUUCCUUCUUUGCCUUUCUGACUGACUCUGAGCAUAUCUGGACUCUGAUUCAGCCGUUUAGCACCAGCGACAGUCAUCUGGGACUCAGCCAUGGCAGCAGCAAGAGGACGUAGAGAUCUGCAGCGUGCAGAACCUCUCAACAUAAAUCAUUAUGCCACUAAGAAGAGUGUGGCAGAGAGCAUGCUGGAUGUGGCGCUGCUGAUGGCAAACGCCUCUCAGCUGAAAGCCGUUCUGGAGCAGGGCCCUGAGUUCAAGUACUACCUCACUGUCAUCGUCCUCAUUGCCGCGUCUCUCUUCUUCCAAGUGCUCGCGGGGGCUCUCUUUGUCCACAUGGCACGCAAAAACCUCAAUGACGUGGCCAAUCAGAAGAAGCUCAACAUAAUAAACAAUGUGGCCACUGUGCUGGUGUUCCUCACCGUCAUCAUCAACAUCUUCAUCACCGCUUUUGGAGUGCAGAAGACAGGUCUCUAUCCUAAGCAGUAAACUGUCUGUCAGAUACAGGGUCUCAAUAAUGGUCAUUCUUCAGACCGGUCCAUUCAUGAAAGACUUCCUUCUGGAUUUGAUAUUUGUCAUGCUAUAGAAGACAUAGUUAUUUUAUGGUCCUUUUUUAUUAUUAUUUAUUUCUACAGAUGGCAUUAUAUUAAAGGGUCUAAAACAUCCAUUUAUCAUAGACUGUCUAAUGAUUUAUAUUACCUAGAUGCAAAACUAUAAUCAAAUAACAUAAAUUCAUCAUCUAAUACGUGUUCUACACGUCAUACUGUCCAAACUAUUAAUAAACGUUUAUUAUCAAAUA